AUCUCCCGUUUUGAUGGGGUCCUUGGUUGUUUUAACCAACUUUAAUUAAUAAAGUAAUAAACAAAUUCAAGUUACAACAAUAUAGCUAUUACUUAGGGAUAUUGAGAGAUUCGCGCGGUAGUUACGAGCGAUCGGGUUGAAGUUGUUACUGAGAUUCUGUAAAGAAGUCAUUGGGUAGUUAACUUCUGAGAUUCUGACACAUCUGGUCGGCUACACUCCUCAAUCUGACAUAGCUGGUCGGAUGAAACCCCUUUCUGAUGUAACUGGUCAGGUAAAACCCCUUUCUGAUGUAAUGGGUCGGGUGAAACCCCUUUCUGAGAUAACUGGUUGGAUGAAACCCCUUUCUGAGGUAACUGGUUGGGUGAAACACUCCCUGACUAGUUAAAUCCUUCCCUUGUCGGAUAAAUUUCCCUUCUGAUGUGUCUGGUCAGGUAAGACUCCUUCCUGACCAGACAAAAUUCUUAUCUGAUCAAUUAAAUUGUUUCCUAACAAGUUAAACCAUUUCCUAUCUGGUCGGGUAAAUUAUUUCUAAACUAGGUAAAACCAUCUUCCGACCAGUGAUAUCACAACUCCGUAGGUCAUUUUCUAACCUUUGCACUUCCCUUGGUCAACACAUUUAUUGACCAUUAAUGUGACGCUUUACGAUCAUGCAAUGUCACUUAUCCCUUCUGAUUGCUACGUCAUCAAACUAAAAUUUUGGGGAUAAGACAAACAAUGUUAAUAUGUUUUCUGUGGCUCUUCUAUCAGACUUAGUUGUUAAACAACUACUAGUUUCUCAGCUGAAUGCCCAAAUAUUUUUCGAUUCAGGGAACUCUCUCUUUUUUUCUUUUGAGAACAUUCGGGGAACACUCUUUGUUUAGCUGGAAGUAGUUGUACAUUUGUUAGCAUCAAUCAGGUUUAGAAAUUUAGAUGGUUUUUAUAAUGCAGGUUUUCAUUUGCAUAUGCUGAUGGAGUAUGAUUGUAUGAGCAUUGUUAUUGUUAACUCGUCUCAGCUAUGAACUUGAGAUUAACAAUAAUAAGUUUGAAGUUUUGGAAUAAUGACUUGUCAACGUGUGCAGUUUUUGACACCCCCACGUAAUUUAUCGACUCCGGUGACCAAAGUAUGGGACAUAGACAUGUAUUUAGCACAUCUCAAGUGUUUGACAGUGACCAUGAUCCAAACUGGAAUCACAUCCAGAAUGAACAAUCAUACGGGCAUAUGGGGUUUCAUGAUUGUGGAUCGCUCAGCCUUGUAUGGAUCUAGAAAUAUUGUUAAUCAACAUAGGGACAUGAGGUUGGACAUUGACAACAUGAGCUAUGAGAACUUCUUGCACUUGGGAACGCAUCUAGAGCUUCAACACUGGUUUGUUUGAAGAUUUGAUAAUCAAGUGUGUGACUGAAACAAUAUAUUGUUCCUCAGAUCAAAUCUAGGAUGAAGGCAAUUGUGUAGUAGGCCUGGUAAGAUAUUCUGAAACAUCUUGUUCUUUAGUGCAUUAAUGUCACAUUGCUCAAGGAGUCAGAUGUAGAAACCACUUGAAUAAAAAGUUAUAUUGGCAAAAUACCAAAGUCGUUCAAGUUACCAUAAAAUUACACUGAGCGACUCAUAAUUGAACUUGAACGACCAUCAUUGGUUGUUCAAUGAAAAAUCGAGUAGGUUGAUCUUCAAAUUAUGUUAUCUUUAACUAAGUUUGUACAAAAUUUGUGUGGUGAUAGGAGGAGUACAAGAACUUGGAUGAUGUUGGUGUUGGGGUU